GGGAAAGUGUUCCAGACCCCCCUUUCUUGUUGCUUUGCUGAGGGGGGGGCGGCGGAGGAGAAGAAGAAGAAGAAGGUAGAGUCGCCUGCGAUUCGGAGGCUUUGCCUUCCUGGCGUGGAGUUUGGAGGGGGAAGCGCGCCCGUCAUGAGCGGGCCGCAGAACAAUGUUGCCAAAAGACAGUUUCUGCUGGAGAGAUUAUUGGAUGCCGUUAAACAGUGCCAGAUCAGAUUUGGAGGAAGGAAGGAGAUUGCCUCUGAUUCAGACAGUAGGGUUACAUGCCUCUGUGCUCAGUUUGAAUCCGUGCUUCAACAUGGUUUGAAAAGGACCCGGGGAUUAGCCUUAACAGCAGCAGCAAUCAAACAGGCAGCAGGCUUCUCCAGGAAAACCGAGAUGGAGCCCAUGUUCUGGUACUACGUGAAAGAGGUUCUUAAUAAGCAUGAGCUGCAACGCUUCUACUCCCUGAAGAAUAUCACCUCCGAUAUUGGCAGGGGCCGUGCCUGGCUGCGCUGUGCGCUGAAUGAACAUUCCUUAGAAAGAUACUUCCACAUGCUGCUGGCAGAUAAAACUUGUCUUGGUGUCUUCUAUGAAGACUGGGCCUUCAUAAUGGAUGAAGAACGCUCAAGUAUGAUUCCCACUAUGGCAGCUGGACUGAAUUCUAUUCUUUUUGCAAUCAACAUUGAUAACAAAGAUUUAAACGGGCAAAGCAAGUGCACACCUACAGUUUCUGAUCUUCUCAAGGAAUCUACACAGAACGUAACAUCUUUGUUGAAGGAAUCUACCCAAGGCGUUAGCAGCCUCUUUAGAGAGAUCACCGCGUCUUCGCCUGUUUCCAUUUUAAUUAAAUCAGAUCAAGAUGUGGACCCUUUGCCCAUUCUAUCAAAGAGCGUUAGUAGUGACUUCAAAUGCAGGAAAGAUCGCAUGAAGAAGAAGAAGAAAGUCACAAACAUUAUUUCAUUUGAUGACGAGGAAGAUGGACAAAACUUGGGGGAUGUCUUUCAGGCGACAGUUCUGGGUGAAAGCUCCGAAGAAAACUCCGACAGAUCUUCUGCGUGCAUCACUUCUCCCUCCUCUGACUUGGCAGUUAAAAUGAAUGGGGACCAGAGUUUGCCUUUAUUGAAAAAUGAUUCCAUAUAUUUAAAUGGAGAAUGUUGUUUCCCAAAGCUGGAUGUUAAAAGUAUAGAUGACGAAGAUUUGGAGGAAAACGAUGAACCUUACAGAAAAAUAUUAGGAAACCGAAGUAUGGCAGAAGAUACACAGGCUUGUGAGAAACCACUGCAGGGUAUGAUGAGCAAUUCGCUGGUUUGUGCUUGGCCUCCUCUUCAAGUCCUGAAUGACGAUUCUGAUGAGUUGUUCCCUGUCAGUGCUAUAGGCUCUUUCUCCCAGGAUGGUAACCUGGAGAAUGGUGAUGAGCAUGAAUGUGCUGAUUAUCCUGCAAAAUUGGUUCAGAGGAGUGCCGAACUGCAUUACGGAAGCAGGGUAGAAGUUAGCCCUUCUGUUCCAAAUAACACCUUAACUGGUUUGCUGCCGUCCGCCAACAUGCCCGAUUCAAUGACCGUUGCUGAGCUCCGAGAAGCUAUUGUGGCCAUGAUGAACAGAAAGGAUGAACUGGAGGAGAAGAACAGUUCUUUGCGGAAUCUCCUUGAUGGUGAGAUGGAACAUUCAGCGGGGCUGCGUCAGGAAGUUGACAGCCUGAAGAAGAAGGUUUCAGAGCAGGAAGAGCGCUACACGGGGAAGAUCCAAGCUUUAGCCAGAGAAAACGAGGUGCUCAAAGUACAGCUAAAGAAAUAUGUUGGAGCAGUCCAGAUGCUGAAACGAGAAGGUCAGACCGUGGAAGUUUUGCCGAAUCUUUGGAAUGCGGAGAGUGAAUCGACCAUUCCCGAGCAAAAGCAAGUUGAGAAUAAUGAAGAACUAGCAAAUUCAUAUGAAAGAAAACUCAUUGAGGUGGCAGAAAUGCAUGGUGAACUGAUAGAGUUCAAUGAAAGACUGCACCGGGCGCUGAUGGCUAAAUCAAAUCGAGCUCUUAUCAAUGUCUGGAUUCCUUCAGUUUUUCUCCGUGGAAAAGCAGCAAAUGCAUUUCAUGUUUACCAGGUGUAUAUUAGAAUAAAGGAUGAUGAGUGGAAUGUUUAUCGCAGAUACACUGAAUUCAGAAGCCUGCACCAUAAAUUACAGAUGAAUUACCACCAAGUGAGAAGUUUUAACUUUCCACCAAAAAAGGCUAUUGGAAACAAGGAUGCCAAGUUCGUAGAGGAACGACGGAAACAGUUACAGAAUUACUUAAGAAAUGUUAUGAAUAAAGUCAUCCAGACUCUGCCAGAAUUCACUGCUAAUCCCAAAAAAGAGACUCUUAUUCAGCUGGUGCCCUUUUUUAUUGAUUUCCAACCUGCAGGAGAAUCUGCAAACAGAAGCAAUCAUCCUCGAGCGACCGCCCGGUUUCCAAGGUUGUCUCGGAGUCAUCAGAGAGAGCCCCGGACGCUGGAGCCCCAGAGCGGCGACCUUUGACUUUGGGGCUCAUUGCAGCCAUGAGCAGCGCCGUGUACUUUGAGCUAACGUUUGAUCCGAUACAGUCUUAUGCUUUUGACAAAAGCGAGUGGGGAAGGGGGAAAAUGCCACUUCCUUGAAUUCAUAGCUAAGAAAGGAGCCACCUGCUGUAAGGAUCCCUAUUCUGAAUUUAACAAGUAAUUUUUGAAGCAACAACUGUUUUCUAAAAACAGUUGGAGGCCUUUUCAUAUUUUCGAAAUUUAUAUUUUCUUUGGUUUCUCAAGAGACAUGCUUUAGCCUUUCUCUCCUAUAUUGGAGUUUCUUUGGGUUCAAUACAGUUCUCCUUGCAUUCAGAAACAUCUUGGUUUCCUUAAGGCUUGUGGGUUCAUUGGAACGCCGUUUUCCACCACCCUCAUAUAGCCAGAAUGAUGGUACUGGUUAUACUAAUUCACAUUCAUUCCAGCAAAUUUCUCCCACUUAUGUGAACAAUUGUUCUGUUUUAAUCACCUCUGUAAAAACAACAGACCAAAAAAUAAAAAAAAUCAGAAAUAGUAGAAACUACUUCGGUGCUCUUGCUCAGAUCUUCUGCCACAUGAAAAGCAAAUCUGAGACACCAGUGUUUUGCAAACCAGUUUUCAUUUGGGGAUUAUGCUGAAGUGGGCAGCUCUGAAAUUAUCAGUUCUUCUUCGUGGCCUCUGCGAAUCACUCCCUGGAUGAUUUGUGCCUGCGUGGAGCCUUAUCGGAAGAUUGUAGAGCUUCUGCGGUAGCAACGAACACAUUAGAAUAUGCCCCCCCACACCCAUAUAAGUACCUUCGUGCCAAG